CUCAGACACGGAUCUCCCUGGCCCAGGUCAAGAGCUCCCUUCACCUCUCCCAUCACGUUAGUUCUCCCCCUUGGUGAUGUCUUCUUCAGAGGGCAGCUCAGACAUGAAAACUGACCGUGAGUUCCAUGAAGAUGAGUCUGAAUCCCUGCCAGACCUGGAAGCACAAGGCGCCCUGGCAUCAGACCCCAGCCUUUCUUCUGUGGCUUCCACCCACUCUGGUCCAAGAGUCAAAUCUGUAACCUUUAAGAAGUGUAAUAUUCGAGACAGGAACCAGCAAGUUCUGGUUUUGGAAGGCGGGGUCCUCAAGGCAGUCCCAGACAAAGACGUCACAGCCCGAGAGACUUUUUAUAUAUCAGUUUCACACAGAAGAGUUGUGAAACCUACGAACGAGGGAAAGAAUCAUAUUUUUUUGGCUGUCUCGAAAGGCGAGUUCUGUCUCUACUGUGAAAAAGCCAAAGGGCCAAAGCCCCCUUCUUUGCAACUAAAGAAAAAGCACAUCAAAGAACUGAGUUCACUGAAGGCUAAGGAUUGUCUGCCGUUCACUUUCAUCAAGGAACAGGUGGGUUCCUAUUUCACUCUGGAGUCAGCUGCAAACCCAGGAUAUUUUAUCUACACCUCCAACAAACCUGGACAACCUAUAGGAAUGACCAAAGAACUAGGGCAAGAAAGAAACAUUCAUUUUCAAUUUCAAGAGACUAAAAUGGAACUCGACACAGUGCAAGACUGAAUAUACCAACUGACAGUGGCCAGUUUGACAACAGUCACAACCCUCAACUUCUAAUAGCAAUUGGCCCAGAAAGCCAAGCCAAGCCCACUGUGCUCAGUCCUGUCUGGUUCUUCGAGACCUCAUGAACUAUAUAGCAUGCCGGCUCCUCUGUCCAUGGGAUUCGUCAGACAAGAAUACUGGAAAGGGUUGCUAUUUCCUCCUGCAGGGGAUCUUUCCCACCCAGAGAUCAAGCCCAUGUCGUCUACAUCUCCUACGUUACGGUGGAUUCUUUACCCCCUGAGUCAUCGGGGAAUAGUCAAGGAAAAGUCAAUGACUGCCAGCUUCUCUAUUUUGGCACCCACUUCCAACUCAGGACCAAUUAGGAAAAGGCAGCUAUGUUGUCCAAACCAAUCACGAAGAUGCCCCUCCCCCAGCUUCGCCAUGGCAACAAGUCCAAUCAAAGCAUACCUGGAGCCCUCCCUUUCUGCCUGCCCUGAGUCUCUGCCAAAAGCUAUUGACAAUGUCUGACUUCCUUUGAUAUAGCCAGCUCUGAAUAAAUAGGUGCCAUUUCCUCUUGAAUAGUCAAAGGAGGCAAGAAUACUGAAUAUUGAAGAGAGUCUUCAAUAAGCGGUGCUGGGAAAACGGGACAGCUACACAUAAAAACAAUGAAAGUAGAACACUCCCUAACACCAUACACCAAAAUAAACUCAAAAUGGAAUUAAAAUCUAAAUAUAAGGUCAGACACAAUAAAACUCUUUGAGGAAAACAUAGGCAGAACGAUCUUGGACAUAAAUCACAGCAAGAUCUUUUAUGACCCACCUCCUGGAGUAAUGAAAUUAAAAACAACAGCCAAAGAGAGGAGGAGCAAAUAAGAAAAGAUAUCUCCUUGUAAUAUCUCGACUUCAUCAUGGGCUUGGCUUUCACUGUCAUUUGUCCCUUUCAUGUGUAUGGAGUUUGGGCUAUAAAAAUAGGGUGUUACAAAGGCUUAAAUUACAAAGGCUUAAAUAAAUUUCUAGGGAUUGAUGAUU